UACCUAGGUUUACUUUUCAACAAAGGUUGCCAAGAGAACUAUCCUAAUAUAUAAGAAUGGCUUCUUUUGGCUGGAAGAGGAAAAUUGGAGAGAAGGUUUCAAAGGCUACUUCCCAGCAUUUUGAAUCUGAAGCUGCAGAGGAAGCUGCUAAAAUUCGCAAGGAUGUAGAUUGGAUUCAAUCUGUUAAACGCAAAAAAGGAAUUCUCCUGGAGAGUAACCUAGAGAAAAGUAAACAGCUGAAAGAAGAGGGAGCCAUACUAGCUCAAAACGGAAGGCACUCUGAAGCAGUCCAGAAAUGGGAUGAAGCAAUCCAGUUAACUCCAGAGGAUGCUACCUUGUAUGAAAUGAAGGCCCAGGCGCUGAUGUGUCUUCAUGAAAUAUUCCCAGCAGUACAAGCUGCUGAAAAAGCAAUUCAAGGCAAUCCACACUUUGUAGAGGCCUGGCAGACUUUAGGACGUGCACAGCUUGGUUUAGGAGAAAUAACUAUGGCAAUUCGAAGUUUUCAAGUUGGACUUCAUAUCUGUCCCGAUAACACAGAGUUAUGGGAGCAAGAUCUGACGUGGGCCAGAAGUCUACUCCAGCAAAAGAAAGAUGUUCGUGCUGCAGAUGAUCGAGAAAGUAACAGCAACAAAAUCGAUAUUGCUCAGGAAUUAAUCCCUGACUAUGACUUUGAAAGUGAUGAAGUACUGGCAGUCUGUGACGCAAUCUCACAAAGGCAGAAAACAGCCACAACUAAUAAAGCCACGGUCGUGUCUGCGUCAGGAUCAGUUGAGCAAAAGGAAGAAACGGCAACCACUGCUGACCCUCAAGUGUUUAUUAAAGCACGAUAACAAGUGUUUCACAAUCAUUUAACCAUACUGAUGUCUGAUGUGCGUUUUUCUGUUUGUUUUGUUUCAGUUUAGCUUGAAGAGGCUAUCAUUUAAAUGAGCACAGUAUUGCUAGAUGAUUUGCAAAUAAAAUGGGGCUUAAUUUAGCGUUCCUGCUCUUCAAAUGUAUUUCUGUGUUUUGGAGAUUAAACUUCCUGCAGUUAUUUUGUAUGUAUAGAAAACAAAGCAGUUUGCUAAAUGUAUUGUUGUAAGUAAAUGGGGAAUAUCUCCCUCACUAAAGCAGCUCAAAAUCAUUUCUUCCAAGAAAAUGAAGGGACAUUGAACUGCUGGACACCAAUGGCGCUUCCAUGGAGUCCCACUUGUGAUUUGUGGGCUGGGCCACAUUGGGAGGGUGGAACCAGGUGUGCCGUGGGCAUGCUUGAGGCGUGCUGUUGGUGGGACUAGGGUGUGCAGCAGGUGGGCCAGGCCUGGACAGAGUGGUGGGAGAAAGCAUGGGAUUACUGUUUGGGGGGCACAUGGGGCUACCCAUUAUGCUGGGGUGGCCUAUGCCCCCCCGGUGAUGUUACUGCUGGGCACAACUACAGUAGUAUGGUUACUGUAGCCGUGCUAUUUUGUUCCUCCUGCACUGACGCUCUCUUCAAAUUUGUUCUCUUAUUUGUAUUCCUUGCUGAUGCUGGUCAGUCAAGAUCCAUAUCUUCAUACUGGCACCGCCAUCUUGCAUUUUGUGACAGAUAUUGUACACAUGCUUAGACCAGUGGCAUUACCAGCUUUUUGCCAACUGUAUUUGCACUUCUGUUUAGUGUCGAGAAUACAGACUGAGGGAUUUCCAGUAGCUGCAUUGCUCUAUAUUAUCCAUUAAGCUUUUUUUAACAUGUUUAGUAACUUUCAACUGUGUAUAAAACUGCUCUGUAUUGUGUGUGCUAAAAUACAGAAAAAUCUGGCAACAUUGAUUUGUCAAUUUUCACCCGUUCUGUCACAGGGUACAAGAAUAUGUGAGUUACAAGAUGGUGGUGCCCAGGAUGUGGCGCUUCACUCAUCUUGCACCUGUACAGAAUGGCUUUGGGAGAGGCAGAUUUAUAUUGUCUGCACAUAAAUAUAUACUACAGGAAAUAAAGCUACAUUAUUUACAGUGUAUUGUAAAUAUCCUUACAAUGUCCUUUUUUAGUGCCUGCUUAGUAUUCCAAAAAGAAGACAAAUGAUAAAAAUUGCUGAUAAAAAAAAAUAUUUUCAUAAAUAUUACAAAACAGUUUGUCUUUCCUCAUCCUGUGUUUGUGUGAUGUAAGUCAUCUUUCUAUAGAGUAACCUACCUAGCUACGUUUCUCUUUUCAAGUAUUACUAUUGGGCAAUAAAAGAGCCAUAUACAUGAAAAUGCGCUGCAGUUGAUAUACACUUCACGUGUCCUUAUUGGCUACUCACAUACAUUUUCCUUGUAUGGAGUUUUAGAUUUUCUCAACGGGCUCUUAAAACUGUACAAAUUGUAUUGUUUAAAAUAGAUAGGAAUGUCUGGUUUAUGUUGUUUUAUCCUAUGCAGAUAAAUAUCUGUCUAACAUUUGGAAGAACAUUAAUAUAAGUGUGCGUAAUCUUUGAUGUCAGAUGUUAAUAGCCAUUGCAAAAAUGUAGUUAAGUGAACAGCAUAGAACAGGAAUGAAAUUAAUUAGAAACGUGUAAAAAAUUAAUGGUAAAAAAUCAUCUUUUUAAAAUGUACUUAAAGGGGCAUUUCUUCUAACUGUGACUAUUUUAGACAGUCCCUCUUAAAGGGACAUGAACCCCAACAUUUUUCUUUCAUAAUUCUAAUAGAGCAAACAUUUUUAAACAACUUUCCAAUUUACUUAUCAAUUUUGCUUCAUAAUCUUGGUAUCCAUUCUUGAAGGAGCAGCAAUGCACUACUGGGAGCUCGGUGACCACAUCGGUAAGCCAAUGACAAGAGGCAUAUAUGUGCAGCCACCAAUCAGCAACUAGCUCCUAGGUCAUGAGCCUACUUCGGUAUGCUUUUCAACAAAGGAUACAAAGAGCAAAUUAGAUAAAAGAAGUCAAUUGGAAAGGUAGUUAAAAUUGUAUGCUCCAUCUGAAUCUUAAAAGAAGAAUUUUGGAUUUCAUGUUCCUUUAAGUCCCCCUUUCCUGAUAGUCACUAAAGGGACCAAACACAGUAGAAUUGAAUCAUUGACAAAUGGAAUAACACUUAUUUUUAAUUUGAAGUGAGCAGUAGAAUAUUUUCUGAGAAAUUUCAACGUUAAUCCAGAUUUCCCUCCCAUGUAUCAUGUGACAGCCAUCAGCCAAUAACAAAAUGCAUAUACGUAUGUUAUGUGCACUGCGCCUCAGAAAGUGUGCAUAUAAAUAUAAUGUGCACAUUUUGAUAAUGGAACUAUAUUGAAAAGUUUUUUUCAUUGCAUGCUUUAUCUGAAUCAUGAAACUUUAAUUUUGAUUUUAGUGGCCCUUUAAAUGUUCCUGUUUUUGAAUGAUUGCCAGGUGUUAAUAGGAAUUCCCACCACACAAAGUACUGGUGAUAAUGAAUUGUCUUUCUCCGUUUCUAGAGUAAAAUAGGUCUGGGUAUGCAGCACAUAUUUCUACCAUUUGAAAAAGAAUAAUUAAGAAUCUUUUGGGGUUGUGGUUAAAUGCUAAUAUGUUACAUACUAUUUUGACAUCAUGGAAUAAUGAAAAUAAAUCAAAUAAAGACUCAUUCUAAAGAUUAAA